GUUGACAAAAGGGAGAAACACUUCGUGGACCCAUUAACGUUUAUAACCAAACUAACUUUAUAAUGUCUUUGCAGUGUCCACAUGGUCGCUGGUUACCGUUUCCUCGCGGUUGCUUGGAAACAACCUUUUGUUGUUUUGUUGAUUUGACGUUUUGAAAAAGGAAAUGUGUGUUUUUUUUCCCCUUCGGCUUUCUGCAACCCUACAUUAAGUAGCUAGUAGAGGAGGAGGUGUGUUUACAUACAGAGAGAGAGAGAGAGAGAGAGAGAGACCGGGGGGUGGAUGGAAAACAACCCGUUCCUUAUGGCGUAACUAACUAACAGUAUCUAGUUGUAGGUGUGGACGGUACUGCAGACAGAGAUCAUAAUAAACCCAGAUAGUAAUGAUCAUGUCGUUGAUGCAGGCCUGCCGCAGUUUAGCCCUGUCUACAUGGCUCCUGUCGUUUUGUUUCGUUCACCUCCUCUGUUUGGACUUUACCGUCGCCGAGAGAGAGGAGUGGUACACCGCUUUCGUUAAUAUCACCUACAUAGACCCGGUCACCUCUGAAGUCCGGACGGAGAAAGCAGAAUACGGUCGAUACGGGGAACACUCGCUUAAACGCGACGCAAAAGGAGUCGUGGUACUUCCUUCUCUCUCUCAGGAUAGACAAGCCUGUGAUCCCGGUACCCGGUUCGCUGUUCCGGUCCAAGGCAGUGCGUGGAUAGCCCUGAUUGCCAGGGGAAACUGCACAUUUAAAGAUAAGAUAAGACACGCAGCGAGCCAAAACGCCUCGGCCAUCGUUAUAUUCAACGUUGGAUCCAGCAACACCAAUGAUACAAUCACCAUGCCACAUUCAGGUAUGGGUGACGUGGUCGCCAUCAUGAUCCCUGAGCCUAAAGGUCGUGAGGUCGCUGCUCUGCUGGAGCGGAACGUCACGGUAACCAUGCACAUCACCAUAGGAACGCGUAACCUCCAGAAGUACGUGAGCAGGACAUCGGUGGUGUUCGUCUCCAUCUCCUUCAUCAUCCUGAUGAUCAUCUCUCUGGCCUGGCUCGUCUUCUACUAUAUACAGAGGUUCAGAUACGCCAACGCACGAGACCGCUACCAGAGGCGUCUGGGAGAUGCAGCUAAGAAGGCCAUCAGUAAGCUGCAGGUCAGGACCAUCAGGAAGGGAGACGGGGAGACGGAGUCAGACUUUGAUAACUGUGCUGUGUGUAUUGAGGGUUACAAGCCAAACGACGUGGUCAGGAUACUACCCUGCAGACAUCUGUUCCAUAAGAACUGUGUGGACCCCUGGCUGCUGGAUCACAGGACCUGUCCCAUGUGUAAGAUAGACAUCCUCAAAGCCCUGGGCAUCGCUUUAAAUGCAGACUGUCUGGAUGACCUGCCCUUGGACUAUGAGAUGGUGGGUGGGGUGGGGGUGGAGGGUCUGGUCCUGGAGGCUGUGGUGUCGGCGGGAUCCAGUGACGGGACCCUCAGUGAGGGAGGGUCGGUGGUUCUAGACCCGGGGAUACGGAGGGUGGGGCUACCCCAAGAUUACCACGACCCAGACCCUCUGAGGGACAGUCCCAUUACUGUUACUACUGAUACCCACACAGGUGAACUCCUGCCCGUGACGAGCAGUGCGUCCCUGGUGUUCGCUGUAGAAACAGGGCUGUCGGACGAAGACCUUUCACUGGAACAACCAGCCCCUGCUGGGGACAACAAGUCCUGAGACCCGGGCCACACCAGGACCAGAACAAGGUCUUACCGGGGUGAGUCUGGGUUACCUUGGUUCUGUAUUGUCUUGACUAUACUUGGGACAAAUCUAACUUGGGACAGAGGACAGAGACAUACCUGUAGGUUGGAUAAACCUGCCUGGAAUGGGCCUACCUGGAAUGGGCCUACCUGGAUAAACCUGCCUGGAAUGGGCCUACCUGGAAUGGGCCUACCUGGAAUGGGCCUACCUGGAAUGGGCCUACCUGGAAGGGGCCUACCUGGAAGGGGCCUACCUGGAAUGGGCCUACCUGGAUAAACCUACCUGGAAUGGGCCUACCUGGAUAAACCUACCUGGAAUGGGACUACCUGGAUAAGCCUAACUGGAUAAACCUACCUGGAAUGGGCCUACCUGGAUAAACCUACCUGGAAUGGGCCUACCUGGAUAAACCUACCUGGAAUGGGCAUACCUGGAAUGGGCCUACCUGGAUAAACCUACCUGGAAUGGGCAUACCUGGAAUGGGCCUACCUGAAUAAACCUACCUGGAAUGGGCCUACCUGGAAUGGGCCUACCUGGAUAAACCUACCUGGAAUGGGCCUACCUGGAUAAACCUACCUGGAUAAACCUACCUGGAAUGGGCCUACCUGGAUAAACCUACCUGGAAUGGGCCUACCUGGAUAAACCUACCUGGAAUGGGCCUACCUGGAUAAACCUACCUGGAAUGGGCCUACCUGGAUAAACCUACCUGGAUAAACCUACCUGGAUAAAUCUACCUGGAUAAACCUACCUGUGAGUGAUUCCAGAUGAAACCAGGACAAAAAAAGAACCACAUUUGAUUUUCUGGAAAUUGUAUCCAUAGACUGGUCCUUUUUGGAGGAAGGAUUAUUGACAUAUUUUACAUUUUGUAUCUAAAGCAUAAUAAAAAAAUAAAGUAUUAAUCAAAUUUGGCAUAUUUCUGACAUGUUGACCUUACCCAGUCCUCCUGGGAGACUCCAUAGUGUUCAAUCUGUAGGUGCUCCAAAGCAACAGUUGGUGUGUUUUGUAAUAUGAGUCGUACCUACCCUGAUAAACCCCACAUGGGAUGGGACACCAUGUAUAGUGUACGCUAGAGAUUCAACUCUGUGUCCUUGCCUACGUAGAGAAUAGACUCACCUGGUUAUGGAGCGAUCUGACUGUUUAGUUCCUGUUACCUGGUGGGGUAUUCUAUGUGUCAAUGGAGGUACCUGUCACCUGGAGCCCUGGAAAUGUUUCACAAUAAGAGUUCAGAUCUCACACACACACACUGAGCAGUAUGGAAUCAACAGAACCUUUUUGUGAAUCUAUAAACCACAUUUCUAAAACUACUAUUUUGAAACAGAACUUCAAGAACUGGAGCCUAUAUGACGGGGACAUUUUAUUUUGAAAAAGCCUCAAAGAACUCUGGGAGAUGUAGUCAGUGAAACUGUCUUCCCUUUACUAUACUUAUGUUUUUCUGUCUGGGCUGACACUGCCUCUACUAAUGUAACCAUGGAUAAGGUCACACCACUACAUAGUGCAGUAUUGUUGUAGUAAAUGCUAUUUUGAAGUAGAACGUCAGUAUUCUCUCCUUCUGUCUACCUAUGUAUAUUCUAUGGUCAUAUAUCUGGAAGAAGUAUGUUCAUUGAGCCUCCGUCUGUCCGCCCGUCCGUCUAUACCUGUACGAUGAUCUCACAGUAAAGCGUUGUUGUAUUUCCUGUUUUUUUUUUUUUUUUUUUUUACUACCUUUUUCUGACUUAACUGGCCAAUCAGAGUUGGUUGUGUUAUUUAUGGUGUUGCCCAAUAACUCCCAUUUUUUGUCAAUCAGAUGUUACAGCAAUGCUCUGGAAUGUUCUAGAAUCCUCCUCAGAACCUCCUCUGGAACGUUCUAGAGUCCUCCUCAGAACUUCCUCUGGAACGUUCUAGAAUCCUUCUCAGAACCUCUUCUAGAACGUUCUAGAAUCCUUCUCAGAACCUCCUCUGGAACGUUCUAGAAUCCUUCUCAGAAUCUCUUCUGGAACGUUCUAGAAUCCUUCUCAGAACCUCUUCUGGAACGUUAUUUGUUGGGUGUUUUGGGUGGGAGGGACUGGCUACAAAAUAACAUGUCUGUGUAAUCUCAAUGGAUGUAAUCUCAAUGGCACCCUAUUCCCUAUACAGUAACACUACUUUUGACCAGAGCCGUGUGCUCACUGAGUGUGUGAUGGGAAAGAGAAAUCUUGUAUUAUUAGUAUAUUAGUAUAGUAUUAUAACAACUAUUUUGAUAAAAACAUAAAUGUUUUAUUUUUGUACCGACACAGAGAGAGAGUCACCGUAUUACUGACCUGAAACGAACAGCUCGACGAUGACAAACGAUCUUUGUGUGUGUGUGUAGAUAAAUAGCCAAGCGUGAGUUGAACUAGGCACCUGUUCACUCCCCUCAGGGUUCUGAAAGUAUUGGUCUAAACUGGUUGGAAGUAGUUUCCAAUGAGAGGAGGGAAAAAGAUCUGAUAGGCUCCAGUGUUUGGCAACAGCAGGAAGUAGAUUUUCUAUAUUUAUUAUGCCUCAAGUGAACCGAGUCACCGGGACCCUCCCGCUGCCCUACAGAGGCUGUGUGUAUAAUGACAACGGGUUCUGUUAAGAGCACACAUACAGCUUUAGGGUGUGUGUGUGGGGGUGAAAACACAAAUAAAUGACAGAGAUCCUCCCCUGAGGAACAACCAUAUUGAGGUUAUGUACAGAGAGAGAUCCCUCCCCAGUGGCCCAUUCGGAUGCUGUGUCGUCACACACUAGGGGCUGGGCGAUUUUUAUAUCAAGCUCAUUUCAAUUGUAUGUUUUUUUUUUUUGUGUGUGAUAUUCCAAAUGCCUGUAUUGACAGAAACAAUAUUCUGUGUUUUUUUGGGGGGGGGUUGUUUUUUUUGCCUGAGAGGUUUGUCAUCUUGUCUCGUCGUCUUCGUUCCUUCUGCUGUGUGCAUCUUCGCUCCUUCUGCUGUGUGCAUCUUCGCUCCUUCUGCUGUGUGCAUCUUCGCUCCUUCUGCUGUGUGCAUCUUCGCUCCUUCUGCUGUGUGCAUCUUCGCUCCUUCUGCUGUGUGCAUCUUCGCUCCUUCUGCUGUGUGCAUCUUCGCUCCUUCUGCUGUGUGCAUCUUCGCUCCUUCUGCUGUGUGCAUCUUCGCUCCUUCUGCUGUGUGCAUCUUCGCUCCUUCUGCUGUGUGUAUCUUCGCUCCUUCUGCUGUGUGCAUCUUCGCUCCUUCUGCUGUGUGCAUCUUCGUUCCUUCUGCUGUGUGCAUCUUCGCUCCUUCUGCUGUGUGCAUCUUCGCUCCUUCUGCUGUGUGCAUCUUCGCUCCUUCUGCUGUGUGCAUCUUCGCUCCUUCUGCUGUGUGCAUCUUCGUUCCUUCUGCUGUGUGCAUCUUCACUCCUUCUGCUGUGUGCAUCUUCGUUCCUUCUGCUGUGUGCAUCUUCGCUCCUUCUGCUGUGUGCAUCUUCGCUCCUUCUGCUGUGUGCAUCUUCACUCCUUCUGCUGUGUGCAUCUUCGCUCCUUCUGCUGUGUGCAUCUUCGUUCCUUCUGCUGUGUGCAUCUUCGCUCCUUCUGCUGUGUGCAUCUUCGCUCCUUCUGCUGUGUGCAUCUUCACUCCUUCUGCUGUGUGCAUCUUCGCUCCUUCUGCUGUGUGCAUCUUCGCUCCUUCUGCUGUGUGCAUCUUCACUCCUUCUGCUGUGUGCAUCUUCGUUCCUUCUGCUGUGUGCAUCUUCGUUCUUUCUGCUGUGUGCAUCUUCGCUCCUUCUGCUGUGUGCAUCUUCGUUCUUUCUGCUGUGUGCAUCUUCGCUCCUUCUGCUGUGUGCAUCUUCGCUCCUUCUGCUGUGUGCAUCUUCGCUCCUUCUGCUGUGUGCAUCUUCGCUCCUUCUGCUGUGUGCAUCUCCGCUCCUUCUGCUGUGUGCAUCUUCGCUCCUUCUGCUGUGUGCAUCUUCGCUCCUUCUGCUGUGUGCAUCUUCGCUCCUGGUAGCCAGGUACUAUUCUACUUGCUGUUGGUCUUUUUAAUGUUUUUAUUUAUUUUUUAAAUGUUUAAAAUGUGCAAUAAGCAUAAAGCUCUAUUCUAUAAGGAAUUGUCAACUCGUUCUCUCUACUUUUUAAAGCAUAAAGCACUAUUCUAUAAGGAGUUGUCAACUCGUUCUCACUCUGAGAAACAAGGCCACCUGAUUUCCAACAUGACCGUCCUGUUCAAACAGUCCAGUUUCGUAACAAUUCAGUUUUACCUUGUGAACUAGCAACUUGUUUUUUUUUUUUUAAAAGCUGGAUAAACGUUACAUUUCUAGGCUUGUGUUUGAGAGAUUUUGUUGACGAACACCUGUUUAUUUAAUAUUCUAUCACGCCUGCUUCCAGAAGUUGGUCGUUAUUCGUUGAAUGUGUGUUUUAUGCAUGGUACUGGUCACGUUUCUAAUAAAAAGGACAUUUUCAUA